UUUGCGAAAAUGAUUUAGAUCUAUUAUUAAAGUUCAUCGAAAGUACACAACACUUCAAACAUAAUAAAAAUUACAUCGAGAUUCCGAGACCACCAAACGCCCACUAUCACCGUCAGAACGAGCCGCUGUCGCCGCUCCCCUAUCGGAGCCGGCUUGACCUUGUCGAUGACAGCCGGGAAGUCUUCGUGCACGUGCCCCUAAGGACCAUCGCCCUGGAGCCGCAGUCGCCGUCGUUGAACCCUUGAAUAGAUCUGAAACACCUGACACCAAAUCUCGUCACAUUAAGGGAAACCCUAACCUCACCGUCCAAGGAGAUGGCAGGAAUCUACGCCGGAGCUCCGUCGACUACGUCCAAAUGAACGAACUCGAGGAGAAUCGGAGCCCGAAAAACAAACUCAAAGAAGAAGCGCCGCCAUCCGUCCAAUCGCCGCACCUGCAAGGACUAAAAAAAAACUUAACCUAAAUUACUAAGCGGGCAGAGGCACCGGAAUUCUCCUCCCUGCCAGCGGCCGCCGUUGAAACCUGGAGAGGAGAGUUCACUCUAGCCGCCAAGGGUUAGAGGAGGGAAAGAGAAACCCUAGAUGGUGAUAUUACGUUCACCUUUCUUCUUCAAGAAUACGCAGAUUGCAGCGUAAAGAUACAACAUCCUCAUCAGGGCGCCAACGACCAGAGCAAGGACACCAAAACACCAGGAAACAACGGCAAAAGAGGGCUAGCUACCCGCUAAGAAAUAUUGCGAAUUCGUCAACAAUCUGCACACAAAGACCAUCGACACAACGCUGCUGGGAAGCAUUGCCAAACACGGGCGCAUUCCUCUGCUUCCAUAAACUGCAGCAUACAAGCAUAACUGAUCGGUGGUGCUUCCAUAAACUCCAGUCAAAGCCUCGCCGAGCGUUUUUAACAUGGUCCCUCUGACCUUACGUUUUCACAUGAGAGGUGAGUGUAUAGUACUCCCUUCCAUUUCUCCAACAAGUAUUUUCAAAUGAAGAGAGUAGAUCUUAACCGUUGAUUUUAUUUAGCGGGUCUGAAUAACUCUAACCUUCUUACCUCUCAUGUGAAAAGAAGAGGUGAGGACUACGUUAAAAUUGCUCUCGCCUUUUUCCUUAACUGAGACCGGCCUGCUCCUUGUCCACCACCAAUCCUCAAGUGUGUCCAUGAUCAGUGGUGGCACGUUUGGAAUGGCGACAAGACCAAAGCACUUCCGCCAAACCCGACAAAACCUAGCUUAGUCCAACCAAGAUCAGUUGAUACACUUUCUUUACAUCAGACACUAGAAGAUACUACUCCGUACACACAGCAAACACAUCCAAAGCUGUAACGAGAGUAAGGUGAAUUUAACAUGGGAAAUGAGUUGUUGAUACUCCCUUCAUAAAGAAAUAUAAGAAUGAUUAGAUCACUAAAGUAUUGGUCUAAACACUUUCUUUAUGGAGGGAGUACUUGAUAUUACCUUAUACAGUCAAUAAAGUGAUCCAUCUGCAAGCGUACGUACUGGGCAAAAACGUGAGAGGAAAUGUUCAGCUUCCUUUCACUUUCAGUCAGCAAAUUUGAAAUGUUCAGCUUCUUUUCGGUCAGCAAAUUGCGCGGUCGAUCGAUGGCUUAUAUUAAGCUAAUCGGUACCCUAAACUUCACGGCAGCUGUCAGUUACACUGAGUUGACUGAGAACUUACCAUUUUGACGGAAGGUGCAGCAGAAUUCCUCGUGGCCUUUUGACAAAUUGACAUUCGCCAACCACCCAAGGAAAGCAUGCCAUACGAGGCACCAAGACUUGCUGGAUCGUAUCAUGUUUAUUUACACCACAAUGGCACGCUGAUCAUGCAAGAAGCUAAUUAGAAGCCAGCAAGAAGCUAAUCCCAAAUGAAGCCAUUAGGCGCAUCGUUACCUUUUGUUCUCCACCUUGCUUCCUUCCUCGCGCUCUUGCUCCACCAGCCUCAUCUGCUUGCAGCGCAGAGGCUCACAACCGGAUCGACACUCAGCCCCCCUGGCUACAUCACCUCCCCGUCAGGGGAAUUUGCCUUCGGCUUCCGGGCCCUCGACUCUGACCCCAGCCAGUUCCUCCUUGCUGUCUGGUUCAACUUCAACUUCACCCAGGCGCCCGACCCUGCACAGGAGAAGGUGGUGUGGUAUGCCAAGAACCUGAGUUCAGGCUCGGCCGUGAUGGCCACGGAGUUGUCCGUGUUCAGCAUCGGUCCACAGCUCUCCCUCACUGACAACACCGGUAGCAUAAUAUGGACAAACCCAGACCCUAGCCUACAAGCCGGCUCAAUUCUCGCGCUGCAAGACUCGGGCAACCUCCAGUUACUCGCUACCGGGGGAAUGCCCAUCACCUGGGAGAGCUUCCAGCACCCAACUGACACACUCCUCCCGGGUCAAUCGUUGGGCUCUGGAAAGGCUCUUCUGUCCAGGCGCUCCGACAUGGUCUUCUUCCCCGGCCGCUACAGCCUGCAGGUGCAAGGCGAUGGUAACAUCGUCUUGUACCUCACGAACCUUGCCACCGGCAACCUGGAUUCGCACAACGCAUAUUGGAGCACUAACACCUACCAGCCGGACAACCAGGCCGGCAACAUGACUAUUUUCUUUGACUCAUCGGGCCAUCUGUACUAUCAGAGCAAUGACAGCACUGUGGUUGACCUGAUACCCCCCCAUCCAAAGUCUAGGUUUGGUUACCACCAGCACGCAUCACUCGAUCCAGAUGGCAUCUUCCGCAUGUACACCCGACCGAAGAACGCCAUGGGAAGGAGAAACUUGUCGUGGGCAGUCACGGGACAGUUCCCAACCGAAGGUUGCAAGAUAAAAACCUCUAUGCAAGGUUUGUGUGGCCCCAACUCAUACUGUGUGUAUGGUCCUAACGACCGCCUCGAUUGUGAGUGCCCAAGCGGCUACUCCUAUGUCGAUUCUCAGCUCAGGUACAUGGGCUGCACACAGGGGUUCAUGUCGCAGAGUUGUGACGGGAAGAACCGCUCCGCCGAGUUUGGGGUUGUCAAGCUCCCGAACACCACUUGGGGAAACUCGCCAUAUGAAGGAUAUUCGCACACCACAGAGGAUCAGUGUGCAGACUCUUGCCUAAAUGACUGCCUCUGCGCCGCUGCUAUGUAUGAUGACAGUUAUUGUGCCAAGAUGGUGUCAUUGGCAGGAUAUGGACGGCAAGGAGGAGACGUCGUCAUGAAGGCAUUGAUAAAGGUACGGACGAGCAGUCCCUUGGAGCUGGCGCCACCGAGGAUAUUGCCUUAUGUAUUACUCGGUUGCUCGGGGUUCGUGUUGCUAUCCGCAAUAAGUAGUCUCAUGUUACAUUGGUACCUUAGGAAGAAGAACGCCAACCAUGACUUUGUGAGGGCUUACACUGCAAAAGAGCUUUACAGAGCCACCAAUGGCUUUUGUAAGUUGCUAGGCAGAGGUGGCUUUGGCGAGGUCUACCAUGGGGUGUUAAAGUCGCUACACUCUCCUGACAUAGCAGUGAAGAAGCUCAUCAGCUCCAAUGGUUACAGCGAGAGGGAGUUCGCGAAUGAGGUACAGUCCAUCGGCCAGAUCCACCACAGGAACCUAGUCCGCAUGGUUGGUUACUGCAAAGAGCAGGAGCAACGGAUGUUGGUGUUCGAGUUCAUGCCAGGUGGUUCCCUUCGGAGCUUCCUUUUCCAGCCUAAGCGACCAAUGUGGAGUUGGCGUGCCGAGGCAGCACUCGGUAUUGCCAAGGGCCUAGAGUACUUACACGAAGGAUGCAAUUAUCCAGUCAUUCAUUGUGACAUCAAGCCUGACAAUAUAUUGUUAGAUGACAAGAAAAAUCCAAAGAUUACUGAUUUUGGGAUUGCAAAGCUUCUUAGUGACCAGCAGAUGCACACCACGGUGACUAACAUCAGGGGCACAAGGGGCUAUAUUGCCCCCGAGUGGUUCCAAAGUGAUAGGCGCAUUGACACCAAGGUUGAUGUUUACAGCUUCGGCGUUGUGCUACUAGAGAUGAUAUGCUGCCGGAAGUGCCAGGAGCCAGUGACUGGGCUGGAUGGUGACGAUUCAGUCACACUGUUUUGGUGGGCUGGUCAGUUGGUCUGUCAUGGCAAGAUUGAGGUUUUGUUGCAUAAUGAAGACGACACCAUUGAGGAUUUGGUCAGAGUGGAGAGGUUCAUGCGUGUUGCACUCAGGUGCAUUGAGCAGAAUCCUUCGCUCCGUCCGACAAUGCACCAGGUGGUGCAGAUGCUGGAGGGCGUGGUUGAGGUCGACACUGUACCUGCUCCUACAAGCUCCGACUGUUCAUCGCCGUUGACCUCUUCGGUCGACGGGAGCACUCUGUUGCCAGGUGGUGCUAAUCUUGAGAUAGAGUGAUAUUCUGAUAGGCUGCAGUUUCGAAAUGAUUUUUUUUACGUUUCAUGAAUGGUAAUUGUUUCACCAUUGUGUAACUCUAGAUGGUGUAGCUAGACAUCAAUCAUGCCUUGUAGCUAUUACAUGUCUUCUAUUAAGUAUUACUUCAUUGUGCUCCACCUAUGCAAUAAUCCUUUGGUUUGAGCACUAAUUCAUCUUGAUUUUUUUUUAUCUUUUUGAAGUCCCAGGAUAUUUUUCCUGGGUUCAAAUUAAGUGUGUAUAAUGGUUUAGGAAAACAUACCACAUGGCGAAAGCAGCAGCAGCAAGAUUUGGCUGAAAAUUAUGUCAGCAAUUCAUUCAGUUCUACCUGCCAGAGAGGAAAGUAUUAGUAAACUAAAACUGAACUUGGUUGGGCAUUUCCCAUAAGAGCAAUGAGUCAUAAUUCAGGGAAACCCAUCUGGGUGUUUCAUAGAUAUUCGGCCAAAGAUCAACUAAUAUAAGUUCAUAAAUCAGAGGCAAAGAAAUGCUUAUCACUCAUUUGUCGAACAGAUACUAACAGAACAAUGGUAAGGUGAAUGAAUAAUAACCUUGGAGUUGAGGUGAGUAUAAUAACAAGAAAGAAAGGCAUGAAGGGUGAAUAAAUAAACGCAUUUGCAUGCAAAUUUCAUUGUCCAUGUGCGUCCUUGGUGUGCCUUUGUCACAUUGGCAGUACCAAGUCACUUCAAAGCACCGUGACGUGGAAAAGAACUUAAUCAAGAUUGAUGCCAAACCACAUGUUAGGGAACAAUGAUCAAUUUGAUUCGAUUAAUAAGUUUAGUUACCGAAGAUCAUAUUUACUCUGUUAG